AUGUCUAGAUUAUAUGAGAGGCCCAAGUUGAAGAUUGUUCUACAUUCAAAAGCAAAGUUCGCAGUGAUGUUACGCACUCUUGUCCAUACACUACCUCUUUCUACCCCUUCCAUCUUGGCGCGCGCUCUGUCAACAUCAGCAGGCGACAUCACGAUCAAGAAGGUGGGUAUGGUCGGCUUAGGUCUCAUGGGCCACGGUAUCGCGCAAACGGCGGCUACUGCCGGUUUCGACGUUGUGGGAUUAGAUGCUGAUCCAAAAGGUCUUGCUACUGGCAUGAAGCGCAUUGAAAACUCGCUUAAUAAGCUACACAGUCGUAGCGUGAAGAAGGAGAUUCUUUCACAGCAGCAAGCAGAUGAAAAGACCGCCACAGUCUUGGCACGCAUCACGCCGACGACGGAGUUAAACGACCUAUCGCAGUGUGACCUGAUUAUUGAGGCCAUAGUCGAGAAUGUGGAAGUUAAAAAGGAUUUUUACGCUAAUUUGGGUCAAAUUGCGAAGCCCUCGGCUAUUCUGGCGUCUAAUACGUCGUCUCUUGCCAUAUCCGACUUUGCAGGAUCAUCGGGUCGAGCUUCGCAUGUCGUGGGCUUACAUUUUUUCAACCCUGUGCAACUCAUGAAGCUUGUAGAAGUGAUUCGCACGGACUCAACAGAUCCGAAAAUCUUUGAUGCUUGUAAGCAGUGGGUGCUGGAUAUUGGCAAGCACCCAGUAAGCUGCAAAGACACGCCUGGCUUCAUAGUCAAUAGACUGCUUGUCCCGUACAUUGCUCAAGCAAUCUCUUUGUAUGAACGAGGUGAUGCUUCUAAGGAAGAUAUAGACGUCAGUAUGCAAUUUGGCGCUGGCCAUCCCAUGGGACCAAUUACGCUGGCAGAUUAUGUCGGAUUAGACACGUCGCUCUUCAUUUUAGAAGGAUGGGUACAUGACCACCCAAAUGAGCCUGCAUUUUUCGUGCCGAAGAUUCUUCGCAAGAAAGUUGCAGAGGGUAAACUUGGCCGUAAAUCGGGUGAAGGGUUUUACAAGUGGGACGGCGACAAGCGUCUGUAG